AUGGUCGACUACGCAUAUCCCCCGAUAAUGCAGCACCAUGACUUUGAGCUCUACACUCACGAGCAAGAGCUGCAACUGCAGUACCUCCCUACCACACAGCCCUUCCUUCCCUCAUCGACAUUUAGCAUGGAGCAAUCAUUCAGCGCACCAUACGAACACACGUUUCCCAUGGUUGAGGCACCAAGACCACAAUACACCUAUGAACAGUUCGCUCAGGGACACAAGUUUGCACAUCAGUACAACUACCACAGCCCCUCGGGAUCUCCACACUCAACCUUGAACUCGUUCCAGGACCAGCCCCCAGUCCUCUCUGCUUCUUCUGAAUCCUGUGCUUCGGCGUCUUCCUCUGCUCUGGGCUCACCCUCCAUCACGCCCCAGUUCGAGAUAGAAGCAUGGAACCCCAUGGCCAUGAUGACCUCCGGAAUCGACUUCCCCACCAUGGUCGCAGAGCAGAAGUCCUUCAUUGACCCCAACGUCAUCCAGCCUUUUGCAUUCGCUCCUCAGAGCCCCUUCCCCGAGAUUCAGGCAAACCAAUCGGAAUACUUCGCUGUUGUAAAGCAGCCUGCCUCGCCAGUCCUUUCGCAGCUAUCAGCACAAAGCCCCCACCCGCGUAUAAAGCAAGGGAGCGCAUCCCCCUUCCUCCAAACACACUUCCACCCCUACCAAAGGCGCGGUUCAGUAGCAUCUCACUACUCACAACACUCCAACACCCGCCGACGCAGCGGUAGCGGCAGCAGUUUCGACCUGGAUGAGGAGACAAUGUCGAAGGGCAUGUGCCCACUGCCAGAAUGUGGACGCGUGUUUAAGGACUUGAAGGCCCACAUUAUUACGCACCGCAGCGAGCGCCCGGAGAAGUGCCCGAUCACGACCUGCGAGUACUAUGUCAAGGGUUUCGCAAGAAAGUAUGACAAGAACAGGCACACCCUUACCCACUACAAGGGCACCAUGGUAUGCGGCUUCUGCCCAGGCAGUGGAUCGGCAGUGGAGAAGAGCUUCAAUCGCGCCGACGUGUUCAAGAGGCACCUUACUUCAGUACAUGGUGUCGAGCAGAAUCCUCCCAACAGCCGAAAGAAGAGCUCCAACAGCACACGCAAGGCAUACUGCCCACAGAUUGCCGGCACUUGCUCGACUUGCUCGGUCACCUUUGCCAAUGCACAAGACUUCUAUGAGCACUUGGACGACUGUGUGUUGCGCGUCGUACAACAGGCUGAUCCCUGCGAGGCCGUCAACCAGCGCCUGCUGACUUCUGUUGCUGAGGAUAAGGAUGUCACUGACACACUGGACCGCAAUGGCCUCUCCGAGAGCAUCGAGUACACCGUCCCCAGCUACGAUGAUGACGACGAGGAUGAGGAAGACUUUGAUGAGGAGAUCGACGUCGAUGACCAAGAUGAUGCUACCUAUGGCAGCCGCAAGUCGCGUUCCGGCAAAGGUGUCGGCGCAUCGCAGCACACCGGGGGUGGUAACCAAUCCAAAGUCACAAAGCCUGUUCGUGGUCCACGAGCAGGUCUCACCUUCUCCAAGGGCGGUGUCGCAAUCGCCUCUUCGGGGCGCAAGAAGCGCAAGAACUACCCUCUGGCAUGGGGAUGCCCCACCGAGAAGAUGAAGAUGAAGAAGCGCGUCAUGUGUGUCUAUGACGGCCCAAGGCGGCUGUCGAAGGACGACAUGAUACUCGACUCUGAGUUCGAGGUUCGCAUGCAGCUGCCUAACGGCAAGGACUACGUGACUGACCUCGAUGUGCAAACAGUGAAGCGCGCUGACGCUUUUCACAACGCAACACCAGAGGAGAAGGGUCACUGGGUUCCUGACAAUAUGAAGAAUAUCGAGUACGUCUUUUGA